AAACGUCAAAAAAUAAUCAUUUGACGUCACGUUUUGAGAUAACUUGAAAAUAAAUCAAAAUCGAAGGUUUAUUGAAUUUCGUAUCGAAUAUUUCACAAAUUGGUUCCUUCUUACGAUUUUUGCACAAACAUUAUACACUACAGAAUCGUAAACCAUUGACAGGACAUGAUAUUAAAGUGAAAAAUGUUUAAGAAACUAAAGGACAAGCUUGCAGAAGAAGUGAAGUCAUCACCUCAAAGAAUCCAGCAGUUUGCUCAAGCAGCCCAGGCUGCAGUAACAUCUGCAUCAAGCAGCAUAUCUGACAUCACUAACAAUGACCUUUUUUCUAUUGGAGAUAGUGAUUCACAAAAGACUGGAUCUACAUCUGCCAAACCACAACAAUCAGCACAUGUAAAAGAUGCAUUUCAAGACAUUUCUCUUUCAUCUCAAGCUGCCAUGUCUCUGGCAGCCACUACUGAUCCCUUUGAUGGCCCUCCUAACAGUGAUGUAACUGAUAAUCAGAGGCAAAGGCGGCUGUCUAAUAGUUCAUUUGCUAGUGAUGUCUCAUUUAAACUGCCGAGCUAUGAGAGUACUUCAAUGUACCAUUUACAGUCGGAUAUGGAUGUAUCUGCCAGUGAAGCAGAAGAACGAGGCCUGGCAUCGCCGGGAGGCAUCAGCCUGGAACGCGUCACCAAGGAGCAGCUGUAUGCUGCUUACAGACGAACUCAAGAUAAAUAUGGACGGUAUAGGACCCGAUAUGCUGAUCUAGCGCGUCAUUACAAGCUCUUGGAGCGAGACAAUGCAAAAGCCAGGAGUGUUCUAGUAGAGACACAAGAUAAAGCAUUGAGAAGAAUAUCCGAACUAAGAGAGCAGUGUGGCUUGGAGCAAAGUGCCAAGGCUCACCUAGAGAGAGCUCUUCAGAUGGAUAUUGAUGAAAAAAAUAUAAAAAUUGAGACAUUAACUACAAAAAUUAAACUUCUUCAAUCUAACAAUGGAACAGAAGAAACUGAGAAUUCUUCCAGUGAAGACACAAAUACUGACAAAAAUUUGAACAGUGAUGCCCAACUCAUAGAUUUAACUGGAGAAAAUGAUGCGCAAGGCCAUACCGAAACAGUUGCUUCUGAAAUAAGUGGCCUAAACAUUAAAAUUGAAAAAAUGGAACAGUUACUAAAUAAAUAUAAAGAAUCCCUAAAAGGUCUAAAAGAAAAGAACUCUCAUCUAACUACAGAACUGCAAGUAGUUACAAACGACUUACAAAAUAAAACUAAAGAAAAUGAACAACUUAAAAUUACAACUGAUCUUUUAACUGAGUCACGUCAAAAGAUUCAAGAAUUAAAAGAUAUAAACGAAGAGUUGCAAAACAAAAUAAACACAUAUGAUUUUUCAAAGAGUAGAGAAAUAUCAACCCUAGAAACUGAUUUCGAAAAAGCAAAAGAAAAAAUUAAACAACUUCAAAAUAAAAUCGAUACAUUCAAUAAAAGAGAAGAAGAUUAUGCUAUAUCAUUAGCAGAAAAUAAGCUUAGUAUCCACAAAGAACUCGAGAGUAAAGAGACAGAAAUCAAAUCUUUGAAAGACAGUUUAUCUACCGCUACGCAAGAAGUCCAGUCUUUAAAUAUAGUCGUAAACGAUUACAAAAAUAAAAUAAGAUGCCUUGAAGACGACAAAUCAAAGUUAAAUUCUGAUAUUAAUGAGUUGAAUGUCUUAAAAUCAAAGUUGUUAGAAAAUGAAAAUGAACUCAAGGAAUUAAAACAAAAAUGUCAAACAUAUGAACAGUCUAAAGCUAAAAGAGAUGAAGAGUACAAAUGUCUUGAACUCCAGUGUAAGCAAGAAACAGCUGAAAAAUUAGCUGUAUUAGAUAGAAAUGCUUACCUAGAAAAUAGAAACAAACAAAUAUCCGAAGACAAUGCUAAAGUAACCAACAAUUUAACUAUGUUACAAAAUGAAUUACAAGAAUAUAAAAAUAUUAAAAGUCAUGAUAUUGAAGAAACCAAUGCAGUAAAAGACGAAAUUUCAAAUGAAUUAAACAUAUGGAAAGAUAAAUGUAAAUCAUUAGAGUUAGAAAUUCAAGAAGAGCGAGUUGAGCUAGCUAAAUUGCAAACAGAAAUAGAAAAGCUUUUAACGAAUUAUGACUUAGCUCAAGAAGAAAAUUCAAAGUUAAAUACAAUGGUGAAACAAAUAAAAUCAGAUAAUCUAAAAUUACAGAAGGAUUACGAUAUGUCUAACAAAGCUAUAAAAAACUGUAUAAAAUUAAAAAAUGAAAUUUCAAAUUUGCGUAACUCUUUCAGUACGAUACGUCAUGAAACAAAACAAUUAGAUGACUUUAAAAAGGAAAUAAAAACGUAUGCCGAUGAAUUUAGUCAUAUUUUGAAAAGCUUGUGUCACAAAACUGAAAUAGAGAGUUUAACGAUUCAAAAUAAAACUUUAAAAGAUAGUUAUAGUAGUCUCGAAGGAGAAUUAAAUAAACUGAAAGAUUUAUAUAAUUCCGCUUCAAAUGAAUUAAAUAUAACUAAAGAGGAACAAUUAAAUCUUCAAAAUACAUUUAAAAAAAAUAAAGAAGAGCUGAAUAGUAUCACAGCAUCAAAUCAGCAAUUGCAAGAUAUGAAUAAAAAAUUAGCAGAGAGUUGUAAGGAAUUAGAAUCAGCAAAAACGAGCUUUGAUUUACUUAAUAAAAACUUAGAAGAAAGGGAAAAUGACUUGAUGCAUACCAAUCAAACUUUACAACAAAGAAAUGACCAUAUUAAAUUAAAACAAGAUGAACUUGAAUCGUUGAAAUUAGAUAACCAAGUGGCCAUAACCAAAUUAAAAGAACAAGAAAAUAUAUCCUCGAGCAUCGCAGAUGAGCUAAGUAAGAUAAAACGAGAACAUGAAGAUAACCUAGUCAUUUUGAAGGACCUAAAGUUGGAUAAAUCUAUGUUGGAAAAAUCAAUAAAAGAACUUACGGAUGAAAACACUUCAUUAAAAAAGAAUAUUGAAAGUCUUGUCGAUAACUUUAAAACUCUUGAAAAAGAAUUAGCUGCAGUCCGACUGUCACAUACAGAAAUUGAAGUAGAAAAGGAUAGGUUAAAUUCUUUUAUAGAAAGUUUUGAGAAAAAUGAACGUAUUAAGAAUACUGUAAGUGAUUCAGAAACUCAAACGACUGACGAUUUUGAAAGCUUACAAAAGCAAUUUAGUAUCAUCAACGAAGAAAAUAGCAUUUUAAAAUCAAAGUGUGAACAAAUAAAGCAAGAGAAAGAAGAAUUGUAUGAGAAAUUAAUGAGCUUUGAGCAGAAGAAAAUUGAAAUUGAAUGUAAUUUAGAUGAAAAAACAAAAGCUCUUGAAAAUUAUACUUCUUUAAAGUCAAAAUUAGCUGAAUUAGAGACGCAACAUGAAAAUCUAAAGUCAGAAUUUGUACAAUUAAAUCGAACACACGAUGAAUUAAAAAGCAAAUUAUCGGAAGAAGCAAUAGGUCAAUAUGAUUCACUUAAAAAGGAGUACGAUGCUUUGAAAGAUGAGAACAGGCGAUUCCAAUCUGAUAUUGAAGGACUUCAAACAUACCUAGCUAAAAUUUCAAAAGAGAACAGUACUUUAAAUGAUAAACUUAGAGAAACCAUUGCUUCCAGUGAAAACUUUGACUCACAUGACUCUCCUUCAACACAUCAGGAUAUUACUAAUCUUAAAAUGGAAAUAGAGUAUGAACGGGAAAAGAAUGCAGACUUAACCAGACAGAAUGCUUUAUUAAAUGAAGAAAAUCUAGAACUUAAAGACCAAGUGCUAACACAAAACUUUGUGCCAUCAUUACAACAUAAAAUUGAGAAUUCUGCAGAUCCAAUAAUUUUAAAUGAUCAAUACAAUCAUUUAUUGAAGGUGAAACAAGAUUUAGAAAAGAAGCUAGCAGACUCGGAGGUUAUGAGUAGAUCGGCAGACAGCAAUAUGAAGCAAUUGCAAGAGAACAACCAAAAACUUAGGUCAUCCAAUGAUAAAUUAGAGAGAAGAUUGGAUGAAGCAUUGGUUAGUCUAAGGCAUUUACAUUCCUUACAAGAAAAUACAGAAUUGGAGUAUUUGAGGAACAUACUUUAUGAAUACCUGACAGGCUCUGGCACACAUUCCGUUACAUUGGCCAAAGUUUUAUCAGCAGUUGUGAAGUUUGAUGACAAGCAGACACAGCAAAUUCUCCAAAAAGAGAAAGAACGUCAAGGAUUACUUCGACAGCUUGGCCUCUUGUAAAUAUGUUAAGAAUAAUUGGGUAAGGUAAUAUUUGAACAUAACUAAUUUAUAGAUUUAUUUCUUUAUGUAAUAUAGUUUAAUAGAAAAUGGUUACUAUCCAGAAUUAUUGUAAUUUAUCUAUAAUUAAUGCAAUUGUAAUUUAUUUUAUAUUAUGGGAUAUAGUAUUUGAGACUUGAGUCAAUAAAAUAUGAAAUUAGAGUCAAUAAAAUAUGAAAUUAUGAGAAUAGGGAGUUUUCUGAUAAUGUAUUAAAUAAACAACUAAAUCACAGAAUCAAGGCCCAGAUGGUAGGAGUGUGCAUACUGACAUUCCUUUCAUUUAAAUUUAACUCGAUCCAACCCAAAAACCCUUGUAUUUGUUAUUUUAUGAGCAGUCAGAAACCUCUAGCUUUUGCACACCAAUUUUAUAAUGAUUUUUACAAAAAAAUGAGUGAAAAAAUGUCCAUAGUAGAAAAAAUCUUAUAGAUAAUAAAGAAACAUAAAUAUA